UUCCCUCCACCGCAGCCUGCGGUAGGAGCAUCGCUGGGCCACAGCGGCGGCGUGCGGGUCGGCCGCGCAGCCGGGGCACUGCGCACGCGCCAGAAGCAGCGGCAGAGGCUGCGGCAGGUGUGCCGGGCAUCCUCAUGUGAUCCAGGGGCCUGGGGCGGGGCCUUAGAGGCCACACCUCCUUCAGUCCCCACCCCCCCCCCCGUGGAGGGAUGGGUCCCUUGGGGCUGCUGCUGGCCCUAGCCCUGCACCUGGCGGCGUGUACCCGUACGCACCGGGACUACUGCGUGCUGGGCGCGGGUCCCGCGGGCCUGCAGAUGGCCGCCCUCCUGCAGCGGGCCGGCAGGGACUACGAGGUGUUCGAACGCGAGUCAGCGCCCGGCAGCUUCUUCACACGCUACCCGCGCCACCGCAAGCUCAUCAGCAUCAACAAGAGGCACACAGGCAAGGCCAACGCCGAGUUCAACCUCCGCCACGACUGGAACUCACUGCUCAGCGACGACCCACGCCUGCUCUUCAGACACUACUCGAAGGCUUACUUCCCAGACGCCAGCGACAUGGUGCGCUACCUGGGUGACUUCGCCAAGUGUCUGGGGCUCCGCGUGCAGUACAACACAAACAUCACCCACGUGGCUCUGGACAAGGAUCCACAAGCCUGGAAUGGCCAUUACUUCAUCCUGACCCAGCAAAACGGCCAGGCUUACCAGUGCAGCGUCCUGCUUGUAGCCACUGGUUUGUCAGUCCCCAAACUGGUGGACUUCCCUGGCUCUGAACAUGUGGAGGGUUAUGAGUCCGUAUCCGUGGACCCUGAAGACUUUGUGGGUCAGAAUGUACUGAUCCUGGGCCGUGGGAACUCAGCCUUUGAGACAGCAGAAAACAUCUUGGGAGUCACAAACUUUGUCCACAUGCUGAGCCGCUCGCGGGUCCGGCUCUCCUGGGCUACACACUAUGUUGGAGAUGUCAGAGCCAUCAACAAUGGCCUGCUGGACACCUACCAGCUGAAGUCACUAGACGGACUCCUGGAGUCAGACCUGGGAUAUCUGGCCCUCGUGAAGGACAGCAAGGGCAAGUUCCACAUCACCCUCAGAUUCUUCCUGGAUGAGAACAACAGCAGCCAGAGUGCAGACGCCAUUCCCCUCCCCCAGGAUGACAAUGACAACUUCGCCAUGCGGGUGGCCUAUGACCGUGUCAUCCGCUGCCUGGGCUGGAAGUUCGACUUCUCCAUUUUCAACCAGUCCCUCAGACUCUCCUCGGGGACUGAGUUCAGCAAGAAGUACCCACUGAUCAGAGCUAGCUAUGAGUCCAAAGGAAGCCGGGGUCUCUUUAUCCUUGGGACUGCUAGCCACUCCGUGGACUACCGGAAAUCUGCUGGCGGCUUCAUCCAUGGAUUCCGAUACACAGUGCGUGCUGUCCACCGGCUCCUGGAACAUCGGCACCAUGGCAUCGGCUGGCCGUCCACAGAGCACCCCAUCACACAGCUGAGCAGCUCCAUCAUCCGGCGUGUAAACGAGGCUUCUGGGCUGUACCAGAUGUUCAGUGUGCUGGCUGACAUCAUCCUGUUGAAGGAGAAUGCUACAGCGUUUGAGUACUUGGAGGAGUUCCCCAUGCAGAUGCUGGCCCAGCUGGAGACGCUCACAGGGAGGACAGCACGCCAUGGGCUCUUUGUCAUCAACAUGGAAUAUGGCAAAAAUUUCUCUGGGCCUGAGAAGGACGUCUUCUAUUACGACCGGUCCGUGGCUCACGUAGAAGAUGCCUGGCGCUCUAACUUCCUCCACCCCGUUAUCUAUUACUACAGACACCUCCCGACGGAGCAAGAUAUGCGGUUCCGGCCUGCACAGUGGCCCCUGCCUCGGCCCGCGGCCAUCCAUCACAUAGUGGAGGACUUCUUGACGGACUGGACAGCCCCGGUGGGGCACAUCCUCCCACUGAGACGCUUCCUGGAAAACUGUCUGGGCACGGAUCUGCGAAGCUUCUAUGCAGAGUCCUGUUUCCUGUUCGCCCUCACACGCCAGAGGCUGCCCCCGUUUUGCCAGCAGGGGUACCUGAAGAUGCAGGGACUUUCAAGCACCAAGAGCCUUCGUCAACAUGGUGUGGAAAGCAGGCUCCUACCAGACUACACAGCCAUGGAGAACAGCAGCAGGUGGCUUGGUGACCACCCCUCAGCUCCAGGGCCUCUGACUCAGUCCCUUGACAGCAAUAAGGAGGAACUCUGAGCAUCCUCUCCUGGACUAUGGAGGCUGGUGCCUCCCCAGGGCUCUUUCCUCAGGCUCUCUCCCAACUUUCAAACUGCUCAGGACCAUCAUAGAGAUAACAGACAACAGGACAGCCUAGAGAGUGCUGAAUGCUGGGACACAGUCAUGUGGUGGUGUCCCUUGUGCUGGCCCCGCUCGGUGUUAGAUGCAAGGUUAAGAGAGGGGACCUUCUGCCAGGAAUGAGAUGCCUUCCACAGCCAGCUUGUAUCCAACUUGGAGCAUCACUAAGUACCACGCUGGUCUGGUGCGUCUGCUGCUAGGACCACUCUCCUUUCCCUUCUGGUUCACUCUGCAGAUGGGCUCGGGUCUGCCUGGGGAACAGCUCGCAGCUGAAACCCCCUCAUUUCCAUAGCGGCAUAUUAGAAUGAAAGCUUGAGGUCUUCACCCAUGGGGUAGACAGCUGGGAUCUCUGCUCCCCAGUACAGCUAUGGACCCCAGCUCAGAAGCAUCAACCAUCUCUUAGGGUUGGGCCUGCCCGUGCUGCCCUCUCUUUCCACACUGGUUCUCCCCUUCCUGGCACUGGCUCUCAGCAGAACCCCAGUCCCAGGCCGAGAGCAAUGGUAUAGGACAGGGACAGCAAACUCCUGCAAGGCUGUGCCCAGCUAGCUUCUCAGGAGCAGGGUACCUCAGCGUUAUCCUGUCCCCAAGAUCACACUCCCAGGGAUCAACAGCCUCUGUGCCCCUCUCCCACACUGCUGUCUGGCAUCCUAGCUUCAUCCUCCUUGAGACCUGCCCAGGCAGGGUGAGGUGUUGCUGUGCAUGCUGCCCUGGGCAUGGAAAUGUUGACACUUGCCGGCUCCUGGCUGCCUUGAUGUUCCUCUCCUAGUCGGAGUCACCAUAUUUCACCCAGGUUGAUUGGCAAGCCAAACUGGGGCCCUGCCAUCUCCUCCUCUUUUCCAGAGAAUUUUUAAACGAGUCUUUGAUUUAAUGCCACCCCGUGAAAUCAAGCCCUGUUCCUCACAUCUCCCUCUCCACUCACUGAGGCUGGCUGAGCCACUCUUAGUGCCUUAGCAAGUAGCUGGCUGACACCCUCGUGUAUGACAUCUGCUGCUUCCUGUCGUCUGCCAGAUCAUUGGUUCUGUCAAAUAUCAGGCAGCCCUAUUUGUUUUCAACACAGAGGAUUCUGUUCUUGCUCAGAUGACUAGGGAUGGCUUUUUUCCCUGAUGGGGUGUUGCCGUGUCCUGGCCUAGUACACAUUACAAAGCGCAGCCUGCUCCCAUGAUAAAUACCCUGCCUCAGCCUUCCAAGUGUUGGGAUCUCAAGCUUGAGCCGCAGAAAGUGUUUUAAGAUUUAUGUGUACUUGUUUGUGUCUGUGUGUGGAAUGCACAUAAGUGCCGGAGCUCAGCGGCAAAAGAGGGUGUCCUCAGAGCCCUGUAAGACCGGAUUUACAGGAGGUUGUGAGCCCCCGUACGUGGAGGCUGAGAACUGAGCUCUAGAAGAACAGUAAGUGCUGAGCCAAUGCCUUUGGGACCACUCCCCCAUAACUAUUUUAAAGAAAAUAUUAAAAAUACGGCAAGCUGGAAAUGGUACACACCAACGUCCUAGCACUAGGGUGGUCAAGGCAGGAAAAUUGAGGUUCAAGGCCAGCCUGGGCUCCAUGGAGAGUUCUAGAAUAGUGCAGGCAACAUAACAAGAUCCUGUCUCAAAAAAGAAAUCUCAGCACUCCCAAGGCAGAGGCUGGAAUAUCACUUGUGAGUAAAUUCAAGGCCAGCCUGGUUGACCCGGCAAGUUCCAGGCCAGCUAGAGCUACAUAACGAGACCCUGUCCCAAUAAAUAAAUAAAUGAAUAAAUGAAUGAACAGAGAUUUUUGGGAGGCAUGAGCAAAACCAAUUGUUGGGAAGGGACUGAUUGUUACAGGUGAGGAAUACAAAGUAACUUUUCAUGACCUCCUCUUAAAUGGUGCAGAAGGGAAGAGCACCGAUGAGAUGGAGCGCAGCUGCGGCUGAGAGGAUGGGAAGCCACAGGUCGUCAGCAGUGCCUCUGCUGGGGCUGUGGGACAAGGCUCUUUUUCCCUCUCGUGAUCUAAUUUGUGAUUAUUUUUCAAAUGUGAUUAUAUGCUACUGAAGUAAAAAUCGUUUAUUUUUAAA